AUGCAUCUUAAUUGCACAUCAGGUACUAGUACUGGAAACUACACCUGCCUACACUUUAUCUUUGGGCUGAACAGGCAACUUGGCUCAUAUCUGGUCGGUACCUACAUCCCAGCUAUCUUGAUUGUGAUGGUCUCUUGGCUGAGCUUCUGGAUCAGCACAGAGGCAGUGCCUGCCCGUGUCACCCUUGGCCUACUAACACUCAUUGCCAUCCUCACAAAGGCAAGUGCUCCUUUUCACGCCGCUGUCAGUAUUUAUCGUUUAUGCCACCAGUCGCCUCUCCAUGUCGGCUGA